AUGGAAACUCAUGCAAAUAUUGCUGUCAUGUCAGAAGAGGCCCGCAAUAGAGUUUUCCAUUAUCGUUAUAAAAGUUUAAUCAAGUCGCAAGCAGUUUUAUGCAGGGUUCUAUCACAAAAUAAUAAGAUCGAAAUAUUUUCUUACAAGACAGCUUUUCUUAUUGCUCGGCAUAAGCGACCUUUCACUGAGAGUGAGACUAUUAUAAAGCCUGCUUUAAACAUCUUUUGUGAAAUAUUUGAGGGUGAACUAUUUGCUAGAAAGGUACAGGAAGCUGUUAAUAAAUCUGCUCUUUGUAAUAAUACUAUAACAAGACUCAUUCAAACUAUUGCAGCUGAUCUAAAAGAACAGCUUUUAGAGGAUUUCAGAAUAUCGCCAUGGACAGCCCUGGCAGUGAAUGAGUCAACUGAUACAACAGCACAAGCACAGCUUCUGAUCUUUGGAAGAUUUUUGAAAGAGAGCUCAGUCACUGGAAACUGCUUGCUUGCAUUUCACCUUAAACCACAAGAGGCGAAGAUAUUUUUAGUGGAAUUUAAUGCUAUGAUAGAUGUUGAUUUCCAUGGGGAACUAGACUUCGGAGAAGCGAAAAAAGAUUUGUUGGAUUACUUGAGGAAUCUGACAGAAAACAUGAAUUUAAGAUUUAAAGAUUUGAUAGCGGAAUCUUUUGAUUUUGUACAAUUUCCAUUUAAAACUGAUAUCUUUAUCACGAACUGCGGUGCUAUUGCACUUGAGAUGGCUGAAUUGCAGGCAGACGUUGAAGAAAGAAUUAAUUUUGAUGUUUUUCAGGGUUCAGUUUUGGAUACAGUUACCAAACAAGUAUUCAGCAGUUAG